GCAUGCGCACUCGGUGUAAACAGGAAGAAGUAAGGAAAAAAGUAGGGCAAAUUCCCCAUAUACAGAAGAGAAUUGUCGGUCACAAACGCUUGGAGGGUUUGUUAUUCUCUACGUAUUAAUCAAUUUGCGAAAUGUGAUUUACCACCUGGAAGCAAUUUUAUUUGUGUUCACCGUAAGCAGUUACUGGAUUUUUUUAGAUAAAGGAUUCGUUGUUCCCGUACGCUUGUAGCGUUAAACAGACCGUGACGCGAUUUUUUUAUCCGGGUUUUACUCGGUGGGUUUGCUAGCUAACCCUGCAGAGAAGAACUAUCGAACAUUGUUAUUCUGUGUCGAAAAACAACGCGAACAAUGGUUCAAAAAGAAAAACCAUUAGAUACUCAACAACUAGUUGUUGAAAGCAGCCCCAGCCCAGUCUCCGGAGAGCCUUGCGUGGAGGCCCCAGGCCCGGUGGAAGACUCCGGCAUUGAGGUGGAAUCGACUGGGCACAGAAAAUUUAUCAGCGGCGUCGUGGAAGGCUUUUAUGGCCGCCCAUGGACAAUGGAGCAGAGGAAAGAGCUGUUCAGAAGGCAGCAGAAGUGGGGGCUGAACACAUACCUUUAUGCACCAAAAGAUGACUACAAACACAGAAUGUUCUGGAGAGAACUGUAUUCGGUGGAAGAAGCUGAACAACUCAUGACCUUAAUUGCUGCUGCAAAGGAGCAUGGAAUUGAGUUCAUUUAUGCCAUUUCUCCUGGGUUAGACAUUACCUUCUCCAACCAGAAAGAAGUUUCUGCUCUCAAGAGGAAACUUGAUCAGGUUACUCAUUUUGGCUGCAAGUCAUUUGCCUUACUUUUCGAUGACAUUGACCAUAAUAUGUGCCCUGCUGAUAAAGAAGUCUUUAGCUCCUUUGCACAUGCUCAGGUUUCCAUCACCAAUGAAAUCUACCAAUACCUGGGAGAACCAGAAACCUUCCUUUUUUGCCCCACAGAAUACUGCGGAACAUUCUGCUACCCAAAUGUUCCUCAGUCACCCUACCUGCACACAGUUGGUGAAAAACUACUCCCCAGCAUAGACGUAUUAUGGACAGGUCCCAAAGUUGUCUCCAAAGACAUUCCUGUGGAGUCUAUCGAAGAGGUUUCAAAAAUCCUCAGACGGGCUCCAGUCAUCUGGGACAAUAUUCAUGCUAAUGAUUAUGACCAGAAGAGGCUCUUCUUGGGCCCAUACAAAGGUCGCUCCACAGAGCUCAUUCCAAGACUGAAGGGAGUCCUCACCAAUCCCAACUGCGAGUUUGAAACCAACUUUGUGGCCAUUCACACUCUAGCCACCUGGUACAAGUCAAAUAUGAAUGGAGUUCGCAAAGAUGUGGUCAUGACUGACGGUGAGGAGAGCGCCGUGUCCAUCCAAAUCAAGUUGGAGAAUGAAGGAAGUGAUGAGGAGCUGGAGACUGACAUGCUUUACAGCCCACAGCUCGCUCUAAAACUGGCUCUUACUGAAUGGCUGUCAGAGUUUGGCGUGCCUCACCAGUACAACAGUCGACAGGUGCCUCAGAGUGGUGCCAAAAGCACAACCAUCGAUGUAACAUCCUUGACGGCUCAGGCUCUUUGCUCAUCCACAUCAGUCACGACUGUUUUCCAACAGCCCAUAAUGUCAGCUGCAAUGCCCCCCCUUUGCUUGGAUCCACUUCCACAUCCGAUCACAAAACCACCUCAAGAGGUAGAGGAGGUGGAUGUUGAAAAGAAGGAUUCAGAUGAGGAGCCAAUGGAGAUGGUGGUUGAGAAGCUGGAAGAAACUGAGCCAGAGGCUGACCCGGAGGACAAACAUGUGGGUCCCAACCUGAAUGACAAGAUGGCUGAAGACCUAAAGCCUAUGGACACUGACAAGGAGGGUCUUGUAGAGUCAAAGUCCCCUGAGGAGUCAAUCCAGGAGGACUCUGGGAGUGACAUCGCCCCCAUGCAGACAGACGAUCAGCUCAAACAGGAUGUGUUUGUCCCUGGACCCAACGAGAAGCCGCUGUUCAUCGCAGAGUCGCUCUCGCUGGAUGACCUGUGUCUGCUGGCAGAACUCUUCUACCUGCCUUAUGAACAUGGACCCAAAGCCAUGCAAAUGUUGAAGGAGUUCAACUGGCUAAGAGCCAACAGCAGCGUUGUCAGUGUGAACUGCAAAAGGAAGGAAAGCGACAAGGUUUCCGAAUGGCAAUCACGUGCUCAGAAGUUUGAGGACAUGUGCUGCUCCGUCAUCGAGAUGUUCACCCGACUAUCAAACAUCGCCAACCGCACCAUCCUGUACGACCUCUACCCUUACAUUUGGGACAUCAAGAGCAUCCUUUCUAUGGUCAAGUCUUUUGUCCUGUGGCUAGGGUGUCGUAGUCAGUCCUCAGCACAGUUCCUUAGAGGAGACCAAGAGCCCUGGGCCUUUAGGGGAGGUCUAGCAGGAGAGUUCCAGAGAUUGUUGCCAAUAGAAGCGGCAAACGAUCUUUUCUACCAACCGCCACCGUCCCUGCCAACUUCCAAAACUUAUACCAUCAGGCCAUACUAUCCCAAAGAUGAGACUGCAGUUUAUAAAAUCUGCAAGGAAAUGUACUGUGAAGGAAUGGAGGAUGAACUGUUCUCCGAGGAGGAUCCUGACCUCAUAGGAGACAGGUUAGUCGGUGGGCUGCUAACAUUGAGCUCAGACUACGGUUUCGUGCUGGAGGAUGAAGACGGGAUUUGCGGUUAUGCUGUCGGCACUGUAGAUGUGAAGCCCUUCAUCAAGAAGUGCAAACUGAACUGGAUUCCAUGUAUGCAGGAAAAAUACAACAAACCAGACUGUGACAAAGACCUCACAGAGGCUGAAAAGAUGAUGUUGAGUUUCCACGAGGAUGAGGAUGGUCUUCCAGACUCUUUUCUAUCCAACUUUCCUUCUCUCAUCAAAGUAGACAUUCACGCCAAAGUCACUGACCCCAGCGUGGCUAAGAGCAUGAUGGGGUGUUUACUGUCUUCACUUAAAGCUAACGGUUCUCGCGGAGCAUUUUGUAAGGUUCGUCAGACUGAUAAGAGAAUGUUGGACUUCUAUAGUAAGCUGGGAUGCUUCGAGGUGGCCAAAAUGGAAGGAUUUCCCAAAGACGUCAUCAUUAUGGGCCGGAGUCUUUGAGGACCCUUUUUGAUACUGAUGGACAGACGAAGAGGGCAACAAACAGCUCAAAUCUUUGCCUCCUUCGCGGACGAAACUUUAUACUACUUUGUUUGCCAUGUGAGCUUUCUCCAGGAAACCUUAGAAUUUGUGUAAAGAAGCACAUCUGUCAAGCACAGAUUCCCAAACCACCAUUGGAUGUUACAGCCCACUUGGAUUCAAAGAGCUGUAGUCCCUAAAUGAGGUCCUUAGGCAUUGCUUUAUUUAGAUCCAGGUUCAUGUCAACGGAAGUUCCAUAUUCUUUUUCACUCUUGAGUUAACAGCCAAUCUGUGACACAAUCUCUGGUAGAGUUUUCAAUCAUGCUAAACGAAUAAAUAAAUGCAGGAUAUAAGUGGAAUAUGCGCAUUUGUCUUUCAGAAGUACGACAAAAAACUCCUCAAAUGUGUUCAAGAGCAGUAGAGAUUGUUUCUGAACGUGCACUUGAGAUUUCGGAAGCCUUCAAAGUAACUAUGCUACUUGCCACCAAAGGAAAGAAGAGGAUUAGCGGGAGUUCAUGAUAGUUAAAACCGUUCCACAGGUUCUCAACAUAAUUCCUCCUUAUUUAUGUUUGGAAAUAAUGCAGUUGCCUUUUGGUUUGUGCCUUUUUUUUUUUUUAUUAAUGAUCCUAAUUUCUUCAGUAAAAUUUUCAGUCAGACCUAAAAUAUUACUUGGAGGUUUGCAACUGUAUUUAGUUCUGUGAAAAUGUGCAUUCACUGAAUAUUAAAAAUGUUAAUUUCAUUUUUUUUUCUUUACAUUUACUUUGCCUUUUUUUCCCUCUUCAGUUUAUCUUGUAGUAGGACCAAAACCUUCUGAUCUGCUGUCAAUUCAAUACUUCAGCUGUAUUUGUACAUUGGUAAUCCUUAUCUCCCAGAACCUUCAUUACAAGAAACUUACACAUGAAUGUCCAGUUCAUUCAAUACAUCAACCACUGCAGCUGUUUUAUUCCAGUCUGUCCAUUGAAGGCUUUUCUACUCUCACUCACUUUGCAUUUGCUUUUGUAAAUUGAUCAUUUAAAGACAAAGUUUAGGUUGAUAGUAGCAGUCUUCUGUUAGUAUUCUAAGGAUCAGUACCUGCUCUUUAGUGGCUGUCUGUAAAUGUGAUGUUUUAAACUGUACGUUCAUAAAGUGCAUGAGUUGUAUUGGAUCUGCUGUGAUGGCUCGUUGGAAUAUUCCCAUCUCAAGAAGCAUGCCACCUUACAGCUAUGAUCAUAAACCUGUUGUGCUCAGACAGUCUGUACACACUGUCGUUCAGCGUGUUGAAUGGUUUUGUAAAUCUUUCAAAACUGGCUUGCCUUCUGUUUGUACUGAAAACGAUCCUUUUUACAAACUCUUCAUCUACAUGGCUGUGCUGCCUUUCAGCAUCAGAUCUCUUCAUCUAAUCAUUUCUUGAACAGUUUCCCAGUUAUAUUUUAGGCAGUUUGAUUAUAGAGUUUGCUGAUGCUAGAGCUUUCUCUUCUGUUGGAUUUGACAGGAAGAGGAGGGGCUCCAAAUGUACAUUUUGUGUUUAGGGUUGGAGUUCAUUAAGUUUGAUUAUUAUUGUAAACUUUCUAUGUAAGAUGUAUAACAUAAAAAACAAUAAAUGAUUAAAAAAAA